CAGACGGGAAUCGGAGAGCAACGGCGCUGACAAAAAAAGCAAGAUAGAUCGCACACUGAGAAGCUUUCUUUCGUUUGUCAUACCGUACAAGUUAUGGACUGCUUUGUCUCCUUAUUUGCUGCAGUUGGCUUUUUCGACGAACGGCUCUGGUAGCAUUUAGCUAGGGUGACUUCUUUGUUGUAAAAUACUUCGUGUAUGACAUGUAUUAGCAUGUCUAUAUGGCUGACUAUGUUAUAGUCACCAGGUUGUGUCAUAUUUUUAUUUUAUUUUUAUCAAAGUACAUUUUAAGGAGGGACAGCUAACCUGCUUGCUAGCCUAGCUAACUAGCUUUGCUAGCCGGAAAUGAACGGGGGUAGGUAGUUAUCUCACUGCUGCGUGUAUAGUCUUUGGGAGGUGCCAGCAGAGUCCUGAGGCGUUCAAGCAGCUACUACAGUGUAACAUUAGCUCCUCACCCACUCACACACACACACACGCUGACUGCAGACCCACAACUUCAUCCACAUCAUUAUGCUACUACGGGAGCCGUGAGUAACGACAAUGGCGGGUCUCCUCAAAAGGAAGUUUGCUGAGAUAGAAGACAACUGCUCUUCCUCUUCCCUGUCGUCAUCUUCGCCCACGUCCUCCGAGUGGGAGUCGGACGGGGAGGGCGGUUCCUCAGACGCGCAGGAUUUUACACCCCACAGCCCCCCGGCGCCGACCAGCUUACCCACUGCCUCCAUUGUGAAAAAACCCAGGCUGGUAAAAAGGCAAUGUCACGUGCGCUUCGACCAGGUGAUGGUGUUCAGUUUCCCUCGCUGCCAGGGCUUCACCAGCGUUCCCAGCCAUGGAGGUGCCACUCUGGGAAUGACGCGGCGGCACAGCGCCCUCUGCAGGUACACAGUAGCAGAGCACGAACUGGAGCGGCGGUGCAGGCAGAGGGGAUUCGAUGCGCUGAAACAGGAACUGAUCAGCAGCGAGGAAGGCCAGCUUCUAAAUGGCGACGUCCACAUCAGCGACGCUGAGCUGGAGGAUGGGGGUUCCCUACAGCCGUACUCCUCCAGGCAGCGGCAAGCUCUGCUGCUGGCGGCUGGGGUGAAGCGCAUCGACAGGGAAGAGAAGAAGCAGCUUCACGCUCUGCGUCUGUCCAGAGAAGCUUGCGGAUGCGACUGCCAGGGCUUUUGUGAGCCCGAAACCUGCGCCUGCAGCUUAGCGGGAAUAAAGUGCCAGGUGGACCGCUUCACCUUCCCAUGUGGCUGCACUAAGGACAGCUGCGGAAACACGGAAGGACACGUGGAGUUUGACUCCAAGCGUGUGCACACACAUUACAUCCACACUGUCAUGCGACUCGAAUUAGAGCGACGACUCCAAGAUGAAGCAAUUAGCCGAGAGGACCGGUCAGGAAUUUCUGAAGACCACGUCGGGUCUGAAGAGCCGGUUGAGGCCCGCGCGGUGACAAACAGGUGCCCAUUCGGCUUCACCUUGGAAGAAGACGACCUCGCUCUUACUAUUCCCACUAGCCCUUCGUUUAUUUUGCGAUCAGUGAUGGAGGAGAACAGCUGCAGCAGCGACAUGACCGAGUCCUCUUUUUCGUCGUCCGACUGCGACGGCGGGCGUCUUCAAACCGGUCAUGAAGUAGCGCCUUGCACCCUCAGCAUCUGUGACUCUGAAAAUAAUAACUACUCUAUGUGUGACCAACUGAGACUCAUGGCAGCGCCACUGACCCCGGAGAGAAGCAGUUCCACGAACACGACGCCCGACAAUGCGGGACCGCUUCCAACAAACACUUUCACAGACAAUCAAAACAAAACCGCAACGGAUUAUCUCGAUGAAAAUGCAAACCAAGCUAGAGACCCCUUUGAGGAUGAGAAUUCCCUGGAAGUUUUUCCAAACACCCCUUUUCCUACUUUGGAGUAUCCCUCCUCCAGGUAUAUGGACCCAAGCCUGUCCUCGGACUCAGACCUGGAGUUCUUUGACAGCGACUAUCCACCCGGUCCGCUGCAUAGCUCGUUUAAAGAGCACAGACACUCAGACAGCUUUCACCAUCUCCAGCUGAUUAGCUCUGUUUAUUUGCCUCCGUGCGAGUCGAGCGCCUACCUCCUGGAGUCUCUGAUCGGUCUGACCGAGUCGAGCCCAGAGCAGCCUUGUGAUAAUCAGCUUUUUUAGCAAAAAAUUUGUUUUUAUAUGAAUAAGAAAUAAUUUUCGAUAAUAUUUAACAGAGAAUUGCUUGUGAUUUUGUGGUGUUCUGCUUUUUAAAUCAUAUGUUUCAGAGAACUCACACUGUCUAUUUCUAAUCUACGCCAUAUUUUUUAUUUAUGAACUUCUGUGCUAAGCUUUGAUUUGUUAUUUAAUUUUCUCUUAUUCCUUAGCCACAAAAAUAUUUGACACACAAUGGAUGCUACUUGCCUCACAAACUAUCAAUUUAUUUUAUAUAUAUAUUAAUAUUUUACUGUUGUCAGAUUAUAGGUUAUUAAUUAUCAUGGCUAGUAAUGUUUUUGAUGCCUUCAAAUAUAUUUCUGUACUGUAAUAAUAAAUUAAACAUUUUUUUAUUUAUGAAGUGA